AUGCGCCUUUCAAGCUUCUUACUGCCUUUGUUGGCGGUGGGUGGUAAGGCUCUGUCUAAAAAGUACAUCAUUGAGGUAGACCAGGGGGCAGAUAUUGAUGACCUUGCCAACAAGUUCAGCGUAAGCGCUGGUGGCCGUAGUGUCAUUCGUCGCUUCGACAAAACACCAGACGUCUUCUUCGGCCUCUGUGUCGAAACAGACGAUAUGAACAUCGAAACGCUCCCUGGUUUCCCGGGCAUCCUACGGGCCUGGCCUGUCGGCAAAGCUACUCUCCACACUGCUCGAACGGCCAGUCCAUCCAUCAACAUCGCUUCCGCUGCCAACUACUCAGUCCACAGCUUGACUGGUGUCGACAAACUUCAUGCAAGGGGCAUCUAUGGCAAGGGUGCCAAGGUGGCUGUUGUUGACAAUGCGAUAGACUACAAACAUCAUGUGCUCGGUGGAGGGUCCGGAGACGGAUUCAAAAUUGCCCGUGUCACCAAUCUAGUUGAUGGUAACUCCUGGACGUUUGAUUCCCAAAUCCCGGACGAUGGCCCAUCUGGACAUGGCCACGGCACGCGAGUUGCUGGAGUGAUUGCUGGCAAGACAGACUGGUUUACCGGUGUUGCUCCCGAGGCUACCUUGUACUCCUAUAUAGUCUUUAGCAACGAUUCACGAGUAACGGACGAAGACGUAAUCAUCGACGCCUUCCUGCAAGCCUACAAGGAUGGGGUAGACAUCAUUACCUCCAGUAUUGGUGGUGAAGGCGGUUGGUCGGGCGGUGUCUGGGCUACCAUUGCUUCACGUCUGGUCGACCGAGGCGUCCUUGUCACCAUCUCCGCUGGAAACGAGGGCUACAAGGGCCCAUUCCUCGCCAGCCCAGGAGCAUCGGGCAAGAAUGUCAUCGCAGUAGCCUCCACGGAACCCAGUGUGGCACCCGCGUGGCCGUUCAAGGCAACCUUUACCCACGGCGGCAAUUCAACCACUGUGCAGUCGGGGUACCUCCAACAAAUUUACGACGAGCACCCCUGGGGACGGGAUGUAACGGAUGACUUUCCCAUUACUCCUCUCUCACUGAAUGCCAACAACACUGCCGAGGCCUGUGAACCGUUGCCCGAACAUGCUCCCGACCUCUCCGUCGGCAUUGCAUUGCUUCGUUACGGAGGAUGCUCCCCUGAGGUCAAGCAGGAGAAUGCAGCCAAGGCUGGGGCCAAUCGUAUCUUCUUCUACAACGACGGCAGUGUCUCUGCGUGGGACUUCACCAGAGGCACCUUCAACGGCGAGCCUCCCGCUGCCUUAAUCGAAGCGAAAAUGGGCGAGGCCAUGGUUGCCACUAUCGCUGCUGGAGGCAAAGUAACAGCGAACUUUGCCGUUACCAACGACACCGCAUGGAGGGUUGACUUUCAUGACCCCGCGGGCGGUAUCCCAUCCGCUUUCUCAAGCUGGGGCGGUACGAACGAACUUGAGAUCAAACCCGAUGUUGCCGCUCCUGGAAGCGAUAUUUACACCACUGACAUCAAUGAUUCAUGGUCUUUUCAGUCAGGAACAUCCAUAGCAUGUGCCUACGUGGCUGGCAUCGCGGCCCUGUACAUAGGUGAACAUGGCGGCCGGAGCGUCCACGGCCCUGGAAUCGCCAAAGCGCUUGCAAACCGCAUCAUCUCCAGCGGCGCGUCCGUCCCAUGGCAAGUCGACGACCCUGUUGGCCAUAUGCCAAUCGACUACAGCUUCUGGGCUCCCGUCCCUCAAGUUGGUAGUGGCCUGGUCAAUGCCGCAAAGGUCCUCGACUACACCACCUCCCUAACUUGGGAAAAAUUUCACCUCAACGACACCGCCAACUUUCAAGCACAUCACUCCGUCACCAUCACCAACAAUGGCCCAAAAUCUGUAACCUAUUCAUUUGCCCUCCAACCUGCCGGCGCCUUCAAUGCUCAUUCUGAUUCUGACCCCGAGUACCUCUCCUUUUUUACCGAUUAUCUCGAGCCCUAUUCCCUUGUCCCCAGAGUGCAGCUCCCCCAAAAUGUAACGAUUGCCCCUGGAGAAGCCAAAACCGUCCACAUCAACUUCCAGCCUCCUUCCCCAUCCUGGCACAACGUGACGAAGCUUCCGCUCUACAGCGGGAAGGUUCUGAUCAAUUCCAAUGAGAACGAACACCUCUCCAUCCCCUACUACGGUGCCGCCUUCUCACUUCGUUCCGCUUUCAAAGACCACAUGUUUAUCUAUGGCCCCUUCCAAGCCGCCGGACCAGACAGAGAAGAUAUCGACACCUACCAUACCUACGACUUCAAUCUUUCUUCGGCCGCACGAUCGUACCCCACGGUUGCCGUAAAUUUGCGGUUCCCUACGAAGACGCUAAGAUGGGACAUCUUUGAGGCCGACUGGACGGAGGCGCAGUGGAACACUUCGGCGCCCUAUCCACCUGUUCCAGGGAAGAACGGUUACAUUGACAGUGUGGCGUUCUGGUCCUUCCGCUUCGCCGCCCAGAUCCCGUUCACAGAUCCCUCGCACUCAGAGAGCUGGGAUGUCUGGAAAACACCCGUUAUCACAAUUCUUGACUAUGGCCGGCACAUCUAG